UCAACAAGUCAGAGGGGGGUGUGCUUCACAAAAACACUUACAGGAAGGUUGGUCUCUUUUUUUAUGACCUGAUUAUCAAACAAGUGGUGUCUUUCCAUCCCAUCUCACCAACUCAAACAUCUCUUGAAACUCCAGAAUAAAUAUUCAGUCAUUCAGGUCCCUAUUGGCUGUGAGAGCAGGAACAUCCUGAGAGUCUGGCGGCUAAACUGCAGUGUCAACAUGGGGACAGUGGAGGCGUGGCCUUUCUGAAUAAGGAAGCAGACCCGUGAUUGGUCAGCAGGAGGGGAAUGAAUUAAAGCAGGGAGCUUUGCAAGUGAUUGAAUGGGACAGAGAGUUUUGAGGGAGGGGGGGCCGGCGUGGUGGCAGCAGAUGGGCCGCCUGCAACACACUUGCAGGACAUGGGUGCAUGCUGCUGCAGCACAGGAGGAGUCGUGUGUGGCGCAGAGAGUGGCGUUCGUGCCCUCUGGAUGGGAUGCUGAAAGAAAUAAUCCUGAUUCAGGAAGAGUCGCAGGAGAAGGUGUGAGGAACCUGAGGAAGAGGAGGGAACUCUGUAGCUCUUCUGACUUUGGCCGGCGAGGGCUCGUGCAUGCAGGUCCUGAUCCAGCCUGUGACACACAUCACUGCUCCGUCUUCAUAGAUGCUGCAGACGGCAGCAGCUCUGUCUGUUUAUUUGGUUGGAGGGUUUUUUUUUGUCUUAGGGGAACACAGUGUUCCCAUCCAUCUGAGUGGUCUGAGUGCACAACCAGAGGGACUCUCUAUGGUGAAGAUGAGUCUGGACCCUGUGCAGGUGAUGAGCGGACAGGUCCAAGAUAUUAAAGUUUCCCCUUCAUCCAAUGGGGAGAGCAGAGGAUCAUGGGAGGAAAAAGAGUUUGACCAGAAGCAGCUGGACCAAACCACCAAGCCGAAGCCGGUGACAGGCAGACGAGCCCGGAAGGUGGAGGGAGCCGUGUUCUUUCCGAAGCCGGAGAACGCCGUGACGAUCGCGGUUUCCUCUCGGGUCUUGUUUCGGACAGAGCGCGAGCAGAAAGUAUAUGAGCAAAAAGGUGUGGAGGAAUACCUGAGGUACCAAGUAGAACACGAGAACGAGCCCUUUGCGCCUGGACCUGCUUUUCCUUUCGUCAAGGCGCUGGAGACUGUCAACAUCCGCCUGCGUGAGCUGUACCCGCAGAGCGAGGAGUUGUUUGACAUCGUCCUGGUUACAUACAACCACGCACACGUGGGAAUCCGUCUGAUCAACACCAUCAACCAUCACAACCUGUUCAUUGAGAGAUUUUGCAUGACAGGAGGAAGCAGUCCUAUUGGUUACCUGAAAGCCUGGCAAACCAACCUCUACCUGUCUGCUGAUGCUGAGAAGGUUAGAGAGGCGCUGUCUGAAGGCAUUGCAGCAGCCACCAUGUUCAUGUCAGACAAGAUGACAACUGUGUCAGAGUCUCAGCUCAGAGUGGCGUUUGACGGCGACGCCGUUCUCUUCUCCGAUGAGUCUGAACGCAUUUUUAAAGCUCAUGGGCUGGACAAAUUCUUCGAGCACGAGAGGGAAAACGAGGACACACUGUUGGAUCAUGGUCCUUUUAAGGGCUUCCUGGAGGCUUUGGCGAAGCUCCAGAAGAAGUUUUAUGCAAAAGGCCAGCGUCUGAACUGCCCCAUUCGCACCUACCUGGUUACAGCUCGCAGUGCAGCAAGCUCUGGGAUUCGUGCGCUGAAGACGCUCAGGGCCUGGGGACUGGAGGUGGACGAGGCCUUGUUUCUUGCAGGUGCACCAAAAGGUCCCAUGCUAGAGAAAAUCCGACCGCACAUCUUCUUUGAUGACCAGAUGUUUCAUGUGGAGGGAGCUGCAGAGAUGGGAACCGUCGCUGCUCAUGUUCCGUAUGGCGUUGCACAAUUACAUAGCAAAAAGAAAUGAGCAUGGAGAAGUAACGAACAAGACUCUUUCAGAUGGGACUUUAAAGUAUCUGUAGAGGCGACUUUCAACAACCAUUGAGAGGUUAACUGUUAAAAAUUUGGCUAUAGACUAAUGUCUAUGAAAGGUCUGGAACCUGAAGUAACCUAAAUGCCAAUGUGACAGUCAACUGUACUUUUAAAUCGAAUCGGUUAGUUCAAAAGGGGCCCAAGUCCACAAUUUUUCAAAAUAGAGAUAUUAAAUGUUCAAUGGUCUUCAAGGGAAAAGCUAUCUGAUUAUGUGCAA